AUGCAUAACUAUGAUUCUAUGUUACAAAAUGAGGCCUUUUCGAUUGAAGAGAUAUAUGAAAGUGAUAUAACUAAUGAAGAAAAUAAAUUACUUAUUGAAUAUAUAAAAAAUAUGCAAAAUGAAAGAAAUUUAAUUCCAAAUACAGUUAAUGCUAAUAUAAUACUGGAUAAAAAUGAAAAUUUGAAUAGAAAUAAGAUUCAUAAAAUAUUUGAGAUUAUAGAUAAAUAUACAGAAAGUGAAGAAUUAGAAAAAAGAGAAUAUAAUAAGAACAGUAAUUUAAAAUGGAAAACAACAGUAAUUGAAUAUUUAACUAAUUUAAGAAAUUAUAUUCAUAAGAAAUACAAUCGAAAAAUAAUCGAUGCGUACAAAUAUAAUUCAUCUGAUUGUUCUAUAUUAUUAUCUUUACAAAAAAAUGAAAAUUUAAUAUCAAUUUUUCGUUCGAAGCCAUUAUGUGUUCAUUUAUAUAUAUAUGGCAUUAAUUAUAAACAAAUUAUUUAUUACAUUGAUAUUGUAACACAAUAUAUAGAAUCAGAAAAAGAAAAUAACCUUUUUUUAUAUUUGUGGUUAAUUUAUUUUCUUAUUUUAUUGGAUUCUUUACAAGCAUUGGAUUCCAAUGUUUCAUCAAAUCUACAAAUAAUAAAACGUUUUUGUAUAAAAAAAAUUGGUAACUCUAAUAUAUGCGCUUUUAAUAAAAAAAAAAAUAACAUUGAUUUUUUAACACAUUUUAAUUGUAAAUCCAAAGUAAUUAAUUGCGAUGUUUCAUUGCAUUGUAUGACAAACAUAUUUUAUAUUAUUUACUAUAUAAUCACUGAUAUAUUUAAUCAAAAAUAA